GCUAAUUGCACUGCUUCACAUUUCACUGAACAAAGGUGCUGUGGCCAGAGGCUCCAGGACAAGAACUGUCAAGUAAAGCAGUUGAGGUGGAAGCCAGGAGCUUACCUAUGGAGCUGAGUGAGAAGGGAGGUGUGCAGAACAAUGGAUUUGUUCAAAAUGAGGAUUUUGAGGACAAGGAAACGGCCACCAGUAGCCAAGAAGAAAUGCCAAAAACGUGCAGUGUUGAUGUGGACUCAGUGGCUGUGGAGGAGACAGUGUUGAAGCCUUAUGCUGGGAUGCCAAAGGAGGUCCUGCUGCAGUUCUCCAGCCAAGCCUGCUACAGAGUCACCAGGGAGAUCCUCUUCUGGCUCGUAAUUGCUGGUUCUGUUGUGCUUGUGUGCGCUACCAUUGCCAUCAUUGCUCUCUCUCCAAAGUGCCUUGACUGGUGGCAGGCCAGUCCUAUUUAUCAGAUCUACCCUCGCUCCUUCAGGGACAGCAACAUGGAUGGGAAUGGGGAUCUGAAAGGUAUCCAAGAAAAACUGGACCAUAUUACAUAUUUGAAUAUAAAAACCAUCUGGAUCACCUCUUUCUUUAAGUCCCCUUUAAAAGACCUUGGAUAUGGAGCUGAAGACUUCUAUGACAUUGAUCCUAUUUUUGGAUCAAUGACAGAUUUUGAGAAUCUGAUUGCAGCCAUACAUGACAAAGGGCUAAAGGUGAUAAUGGAUUUAAUACCAAACCACACAAGUGACAAACACCGGUGGUUUCAGCUGAGCCGCAAUCGGACUGGGAAGUACACAGACUACUACAUCUGGCAGGACUGCAGGCAGGCUGCUGGCUCACUCAUCCCUCCCAACAACUGGGUGAGUGUCUUUGGGAAUUCCAGCUGGCAGUUUGACGAGGUGAGAAAACAAUGCUAUUUCCAUCAGUUUGGGAAGGAACAGCCAGACUUAAAUUUUCGCAACCCUGCUGUCCAGCAAGAAAUCCAUGAUAUUAUAAAAUUUUGGCUCGGCAAAGGAGUUGAUGGAUUUAGUUUUGGCGCUGUUAAAUUUCUCUUAGAAGCAACACAUCUCCGAGAUGAGCCUCCAGUGAACAAGUCUCAGAAUGGAGAGAAUAUCACAGCCUAUUCCCAGCUGUACCAUGACUACACCACCACACAAGUUGGUCUGCAUGACAUCAUCCGCAGCUUCCGUCACACCAUGAAUGAGUUCAGCAGAGAGCCUGGCAGAUACAGAUUUAUGGGUUCUGAUGAUGAUGAAAAGGAAGAUAUUGAAGCAACAAUGAUGUAUUAUGGAACGACUUUUAUCCAAGAAGCAGAUUUUCCCUUCAAUUUCAACCUAAUUAACAUGAAAUAUCUAUCAGGCAACAGUAUUUUUGAAGCUGUCAGCUCGUGGAUGAAAAACAUGCCUGCAGGAAAAUGGCCAAAUUGGGCAGUUGGAAGCCCUAAUGCUGCUCGGAUUUCAACUCGGAUUGGGAAGGAGUACAUCAAUGUCAUGAACAUGCUGCUUUUAACCCUCCCUGGCACUCCUGUAACUUACUAUGGUGAAGAAAUAGGCAUGGAGAACAUUGCAUCAGAAAAUGCAACCCUCCCAGAGAAAUCCCCCAUGCAGUGGGAUGGAAAAGUUAAUGCUGGUUUUACUGAAGGCAACAGCAGCUGGUUACCUGUUAACUCCGACUACCAAAGUGUAAAUGUGGAAGCCCAGAGCACCUGGUCCAACUCAACCCUGAGUGUGUACAGAGCGCUGACCUCGCUGCGGAACAGUGAGCUCCCCAUGAAUCGAGGCUGGAUGUGCCUCAUCUGGAAUGACAGCAACGUCUUUGUGUACGUGAGGGAGCUGGAUGGGUUAGACAGAGUCUUCAUGAUGGUGCUCAACUUCGGCCAGGAGUCGACAACAGACCUGCAGGCCAUAGUUCCUAACCUUCCCUCUGAAGCUGUAAUAAGGCUCAGUACUCAUUUUAGCAAUGCUGGUAAAGUGGUCAAUACCAAACUAAUUAAAACUGAAAUGGGAGAAGGCCUGGUCCUUGAAUAUAAAACAGCAAAGCCUGUUCAUACUAUGGAAGCUUUUCAAGGGAAGUGUUUUGUGGCAGAAAAAGCUUGUUAUUCCAAGGCCCUCAAUUUACUCUACAUGAACUGUUAAGUAGAGGAGUAGAAUACCCAUGCUUUCAUGUUAAUUUAGAAGAUAGUAGCUUCAGGGAAAUGCUAAAAAUACUCAAUUUUCUUCAGCUUUUAAAAUGUUAUUUGUGUACAAAAUAAAUGUCCUGAAAGAUCAGAUACAUAAUUGUCUUGUAUCUGUAUUUGUGAUGAAAAGGAAAAAGAAUGGUAUCAACUUCCCCUUAAGAUCUGUGGAGAAGAAAAGUAAACCUGUUCUGAAAACUGUCCUGUUUAAGCACGUAUUUUUGGGAGGAGAGGGAACAGUUGCUUUCUGGGUGCUGACCCUGGAGGUUGCUGGCCUGUAAGUGCUCCUGUGGAAUCCCAAGCCUGUGGCAGUACACUGUAACUUUUUAAAGUCUGCGGAUUUGUAGAAAUUUUUCCAAAGGGGUGGCCCUAUAUUUGCUGAAACAGGUGAACACAAGCAGGACUAGUGUAUAUUGUUGUGAUGUCUCACCUCUUCUCUCAAAUCUAGUAACUCUGAUUAUCUUCAAAGUGAGUAAGAAAAAGAACAAAAUGUAGCUAAUAUCUAAUUCCACACUCAUAACUCCAUUUCCAGUUGAUUCUUCCCCUCCCGGCUGAGUUAGAAUAUGUUUGUGUUCUCUUAUUUCUUUUCCUGCCCUAAGGCUGAGGUGAGGGGUGUGUACUUUAGUUCAGAGGAAGCAGCUGAACCAACCCUACCGAAUGUCACACUUGUGCAUUUGCUGCACCUGCAGUGGUUGAUGUGACCCUAGGUGUGCAUCACACAUCUCUUUUAACAAGCAAUGCACAGCAGAUUUGUGCCUUGCUCAGAGGGCAGCUGAGCUAUGAAUCAGGCUGCUUGAGUGGGGCCAUUCUUUUUGUUUUUACCCUCUGGAGAUACUCUGGUAUCUUCUGACACACUGAUCUUGCCCUCCUGAGGGAUUUGUCGCCUCCUUCUUAAGAUUACCAUUCUAAGUAAGAUAACAAGAGGUAAGGUAGGUAGGCAAGAUUUUUAAUGUAUUCAGAUCACAGUUCUGCUCCAACUCCCAUUCUUGAGAGUGCUUUUCUCUGCAGUUUGGUCAGUCCCACCACAUGAUCAGUACACCACGGCUGCUGCGCAGAUAGGGAGGGCAGCAAUCACCAUCACCUACAUAUGGGAACUAGUUCUGGAAGUAAGAGACUUGAAUGUCAGAUGCUUCAGAGGAGUUCUGCUGCCUUGUGUAAGAUGUACCUUGCAACAGAUGCCUUGCACAGGAAGGCUGCCUGUGCCAAGUGCCUGUGGCUCUCCUGUGAGGCUCUAUGUGCUCCAGCUCUGCUCCUGUAGUGCUGCUCCGCUGGCUCACUGAACAGAGCUGCUGGACAAACUCACUUCUGCUGGCACCUGCUUCUGCACAGCCUGGCAGGGCAGAAAUCCAGUUCUUGGUCUGUAUUUUUUUUUAAGGCAAUGCCACACCCAGCUUUGUGUGCUUGUGCCCAUAAAGCAGGGAUCCGAGAGAAGAGAUCCUCUGGAGAAGGUGUUUGCAUUCCAUACAAAUCCAAAUCUGACCCAAAGCUUUUCAGGUGGUCAGUGUGUUUAGGAGUUAUUUGCAGGAUUUGCUGUGAUGCUGGGGAUGGCACACUUCCUCAAG